AUGAAACUGUUCGUUGGUGCUCUUGUUCUCUUCGCCUUGACGGCAUUGUGUAGUGCAUGGCCAGCAGCGGAAGGUCAAGUUCAGUUGAGUGAUGUUGUCGAUGUUCCUGCCCAGCAGAAUGGACCAGCUGUGGAGCGUGUCAAACGUCAGUUUGGAUUUGGUGGUCCUGCAUUUGGUCUAGGCGGUUUCGGUUUCGGUGGACCCGGUGGUUAUUAUGGUGGACGCCCAGGUGGAUAUUAUGGCGGAAGACCAGGUGGUUACUAUGGCGGAUUCGGUGGACCAGGCUAUUACGGAGGGCAUGGAGGACAUGGAGGACAUGGAGGACAUCACCAUGGAUAUCACCGAGGUUGA